GGCCCCGCCCCCGAGCUUGCGUCAAGAUGGAGGAGCUGCUUUCGGCUGCGUGUGAGACCAUGGACUCGGAGGCGAACGAUGAUCUGCGGUUGCCGCUGCGGAACCUUGCGAACGGCCUGAGGGAGGUGGUGUCGCAGCUGCGAGAGGGAGAAUCAUUAUGGAAGUCUGAAAAUUUUGACUUGCAGCACUUCUGGAAAAGUCUAGGUGAGUGCUUCAAAGCAAUAUCACAUGAAGCAACAAAGCUAAGUCUCGCCUUUUCAAAACCACCCUUACCAUCUGUACAAGACUGUCAGAAACUCACUGCAGACUUUCAGAAGAAUAUCCUUAAUUUAACCACUGUGUAUUAUUGGUUACCCAAGAGCCAAGGUGUAACUCUACGACGAUUAGUUCGAGAUGCCACAGUGGACGUAGUGGAGGGAGUCAUUCAGCUUUUAAAUGUGAUUCUGAGCACACCCCUUCAAAGUUUAACACAGGGCCAGCUGACAUCCACAGGGGGAGUUUGGGAAGCUUGUGACAGGUUUUCUAAAUUGCCAAAAGAUAACCAGGCAGCUGUUUUAUCGCUGAUGUCUUCUUAUGCAGCUAUUGUGGAAGAUGCUUUGGAAGAAAUGGAGCAGGCUCAGCAUGCAGACAAUCCAGAUCCAUUCAGUGACAUUUUUGAUGAUGCAGACACUCGAGAAAAUCGGGACACUUACUGGUCAGAAGCGGACAAGCAGGUCAUGGCUCCUUGCUUGGGACUAGUAAAAGCAGCCAAAGCGUGUUUGAAAAAGGUCUCUGCAGCAAUGAAAACUCAUGGGAAGGUAGACAGCUUGCAACACAUAACGCAGUUGGAUGAUUUGGCUGACAUUACCGGUGAAGUUAGCCCCAGUGUUGAUGAAUUGGUCUUGAGUCUUUAUCCUCCAAUGGACCACGUGACUGUGCAAAUGAAUGCUACAAAUGUCACUAUGCUCUUGAACAAAGUUCUGGAAAUAGCCAAGUCUAGUCAUGUGUGCCCUGAAUCUGAGAACAGCUGGUUGCAAUUUCUAAGUGGAGCAAUUGAACACAAUAUGGAUAAAGUGAAGCAUUUAACACAGGGCAGUACGUAAAUUUUGUAUAGUGCUGUUUGGAGCAAUCAUAGAUUACAGAAGAAUGUUGAAGAAACACAAGGCAUUGAAUAAAAAUUGUGAACGUUUUAAUAAAUGUUUGAGUGUUGCUAUAUAUAAAAGUACAAUCUCUGUAGGUGAACAUGUAUUAUCAAGGUUUUCGUUAUUCCCUUCCUUCAAGACACAUUAAUCUCCAGACUUAAUAAUGCGCUUGCAUGGAUCUCAGCAUUCAUUUUUGAAAACUGCAGUAAUGUUUCACCGACAAAUUGGAAGGCUUUUUGACUUUUGGGAAUAGUUGUGAGCUACGACUGUUUUCCUUCCAUCAGAACAAUGGAACAAAAAUUUCUCCGAGGCUAAAAGUUGCUUGUGAGAUGUGUAUGAGCACUCUUAGCAGUUACUGCUACAUGUGCUCUAGCGCUAAGAAUAAGUUAACGUUUUAGCAAAGAUUUGUACUUUAGAUUGUGGGUGAGGUUGUUGACUUGCUCGUCGAGCUGGCUUGUUUUUGUUCAGGCGUUUCGUCACCAUGCUAGGUGACAUUAAUCAGUGAGGCCUUCGAUGAAGUGAUGUUGUUCUACUCCGCUUGGAAUUUAUACUGUCUGGACCUCACUGCUGUCACCUGGCCUGGUGACGAAAUAUCUGAACAAAAACAAGCCAGCUCAGCGAGCAAGUCAACCUCCAUAAGGAAUAAUUGAAUCCAAGUUGGUACUAAUUUCUAUUAAUCUUCAUGUAUGUGCAGUACAUUAUUGCACUUGAACUUCACCUGGCUGAAGGAUAGCAUUUCAGAUAUCUAAAAAGCUCUUCAAGUGAAAUGAUAUUUGCAUCAAAGGCAAAUUUUUGUCUCAUUUUAUGAGUUUAAUAAAGUCAUUCUGC